AUGGGCAACACGGAUCCAGAAGCCGCAUCGGAGGCGGAAGCUCCUGAUGCUCCGCGCCCCUCCAAGAGGAAGAGAGCUGCUCCCUCCAGCCCUACAGCCAAACGCGCCCGCGAAUUGCUUAGCACUGCGGCUACUCGGAAGGUGGAGGCGGAGAAGAAACACCUCAAACUUAUCGACACCAGCAACCGAGCUCAACCCGACAUCCACCAGUUCUUCAAGCCUUCCGGAAGUUUCGGAAGCCAGCCCCACAAGGCUCCAAGAGCCCUCAAGAAGAAGGUCAAGCCAUCUCCGGCUUCUAUCCCCGUUACGCCGGAAGUGGAGGGCGCCUCCUCAUCUGCGCCUCCGCCUGAGCGACCAAGUGCCACCUUUGCCGAGCCUACGGCGGAGCAGUAUGAGCAGAAGGUGCAGCUUAUUCAUGCCACCAGCACGCUCCAAACUGACCCUCAACCUACUCCGUCUCUGCAAAAGCUUCCCCUCGCACAACGCCACGCGGAAGUUUCCACCAUGAUGGACAAGGUGUGGGGGACUGCGAACACGGAGAUGCAGGAGCUCACCAACCUUGAGAACGACCUCAAGGUCUUUUUUGCUAAGCACAAGGACGUGCGCCAGAACACGCGGAAGCUGCAUGAGGAUCUGCGCGUUCACGUGCUUGAGCAAAUAACAGAGAUAGAGGGGCUGCAAGAAACUGCCAAGCACUCCGCCUUCGAUGACCUGUCCGCCAAAGUCAAAGUGCUCGAGGCGGAGAACGAAUCCCUCAAAGCCUUUAUCAAAGAGUCCUCCGACAAGGAGAAUUUGGUGAGGAGGGAGCUCUCCAAGAAGCACGCCCGUGACUUGGCGGAACUUGCGGACAAGCUGAAGAAGAGCCAACAGAAUGUGAAAACCUUAGUGGCUAAAAGCAAGGUCCAAGAAGCGGAGGCGGAGGCCAUUGACAAACUGAUCUUCCAGUCAGCCCUCAAGAGAACGGAGGCAUACGACGAAGCGCGGAGUUCUAUCGACGAGCUGUUCGCAGCAUGUCGCGGAAUCGCCAAGUCCCUGUCCUUGAAGAGGGCCAAGACUUCAGUUAUUGAUACGAUGACCAAGCUGAUGCCGCAGGUGCCGGAACUCAUCAAGGACUAG